GAUACCGCUUCUUCUCGUAUUUUCUUUCUCAUUUUCAAAAGAAGGCCAACACUGAAACCCUAGACAAAAAUCUACCAGCUUCAGCUACUGAUCCCUCGAGUCUCACACUUUAACCUCAAGCUAUGCAAUCACCGGUUCUUGUUCUCAAGGAUUCGCUCACCCGUGAAUCUGGAAGUAAGGUUCAUCAUGCAAAUAUACAAGCUUCUAAGGCAGUUGCUGAUAUUAUUCGCACCACAUUGGGGCCAAGGUCCAUGUUGAAGAUGCUUCUAGAUGCUACUGGGGGAAUUGUUGUCACUAAUGAUGGGAAUGCCAUUUUGAGGGAACUGGAUAUUGCUCACCCAGCUGCAAAGUCCAUGAUUGAACUAAGUCGCACACAAGAUGAGGAAGUUGGUGAUGGAACUACCUCAGUCAUUGUUCUUGCUGGUGAGAUGCUUCAUGUGGCUGAAGCUUUCAUUGACAAAAAAUACCACCCUACAGUUAUCUGCAGAGCUUACAACAAGGCUCUUGAAGAUGCUCUUGCUGUGUUGGACAAAAUCUCCAUGUCUAUUGAUGUCAAUGAUCGUUCCAUGAUGCUAGGUUUAGUGAAGAGUUGCAUUGGCACCAAGUUUACAAGUCAAUUUGGGGAUUUAAUUGCAGAUCUAGCACUAGAUGCAACAACAACAGUGGGAGUUGACCUAGGUCAAGGAAUAAAAGAAGUGGACAUCAAAAAAUACAUAAAAGUGGAAAAAAUCCCUGGUGGACAAUUAGAAGAUUCCAAAGUCUUGAAAGGUGUCAUGUUCAACAAAGACGUUGUUGUCCCUGGAAAAAUGAAAAGAAAAAUCGUAAACCCUCGCAUCAUUUUACUAGAUUGCCCUUUGGAAUACAAAAAGGGUGAAAACCAAACAAAUGCAGAAUUAGUUAGAGAAGAAGACUGGGCAGUUCUUCUAAAAAUGGAAGAAGAAUACAUCCAAAAUCUUUGUGUUCAAAUUUUAAAAUUCAAGCCUGAUUUGGUCAUUACAGAAAAAGGACUUAGUGAUUUAGCUUGUCAUUAUCUAAGCAAAGCUGGAGUGAGUGCUAUUAGGAGAUUAAGAAAGACAGAUAAUAAUCGGAUUGCUAAAGCUUGUGGGGCUAUUAUUGUAAAUAGACCAGAUGAACUUCAAGAAUCAGAUGUUGGAACUGGAGCUGGACUUUUUGAAGUUAAAAAAAUUGGGGAUGAGUUUUUUGCUUAUAUUGUUGAUUGUAAAGAUCCAAAAGCUUGCACUGUUCUUCUCAGAGGUGCCAGCAAGGAUCUUUUGAAUGAAGUUGAACGCAACUUACAGGAUGCUAUGUCGGUGGCUAGAAACAUCUUGAAGCAUCCAAAACUUGUUCCUGGUGGUGGGGCCACCGAGUUGACUGUUUCUGCUACUCUAAAACAGAAGAGUUCAUCUAUUGAAGGCAUUGAAAAGUGGCCAUAUGAAGCUGCAGCUGUAGCAUUUGAGGCAAUUCCAAGAACAUUGGCACAAAACUGUGGUGUCAAUGUCAUUAGAACCAUGACUGCUCUUCAAGGAAAACAUGCAAAUGGUGAGAAUGCAUGGACUGGGAUCGAUGGGAAUUCGGGUCAAAUUGCUGACAUGAAAGAACUAAAGAUUUGGGAUGCUUAUAAUGUGAAGGCACAAACGUUUAAGACAUCCAUUGAAGCAGCAUGUAUGCUUUUGAGAAUCGAUGAUAUUGUGAGUGGAAUAAAGAAGAGGCAAGCACCUGGUGCAAGUCAACCAUCAAAACCCACUAUUGAAACAGAAGGUGAUGCUGACAAUGAGGGUAUGAUUCCUGAGUGAACAAGUAGCUGAAAACAAAAACAUUAAUCUAGUUUUCUUUUUUUGGAAAGAUUUUCAAUCGGUUUAAUCUGAAUUUGUUAUGUGUUUUUAUUGUGCUACGUGGAUAUUCAAAAUUUUGGUUACUUUUGGGGUGCUAUGAUAUGAUUUGU